CAGUAAAUUCUGGGUGGAGUUUCUCUGCUGUGGGUGGUGGGUGAGGGAGCUGGUUUGAACUGCUCAUCUGAAAUAGAGCCGGCACUACGCUCUCCAUCUCGCAAUCCCUCCCUUCUUCUCCUCCACUGGGAUUCUUAAGUGCAUGUGGCAAGGACCAAAAGACACAAGGCUCCUCUUUCUGAUUACUGGCAUUAUAUGAAACAUGGGUAUCCUGGGGUUUCUGAAGUCGCAGUUCCUCUGCCACCUGAUUAUCUGCUACGUGUUCAUAGUGAGCGGGCUGAUCGUGAAUCUGCUGCAGUUAUGCACCCUUGUCCUGUGGCCAAUCAACAAGCAAUUCUACAGGAAGGUCAACUGCAAGCUGGCCUAUUGCAUUUCUAGCCAGUUGGUGAUGCUGUUAGAGUGGUGGUCUGGCACAGAAUGUACCAUCUACACAGACCAAGAAAGCUACAAACAGUUUGGAAAGGAGAGUGCCAUUGUCGUCCUCAAUCAUAACUUUGAGAUUGACUUUCUCUGCGGAUGGACCUUCUGUGAACGAUUUGGGGUCUUGGGGAGCGCAAAGGUUCUUGCUAAAAAGGAGCUUGCUUACGUGCCUCUGAUUGGUUGGAUGUGGUAUUUUCUGGAGAUUGUCUUCUGCACACGGAAGUGGGAGCAAGAUCGAAUAACAGUUGUCCAGAGUUUAAACAACCUCAGGGACUAUCCCGAAAAGUUUUGGUUACUGCUUCACUGCGAAGGGACGCGUUUCACAGAGAAGAAGCACGAGAUCAGCAUGCAGGUGGCAGAAGCCAAAGGGCUGCCCAAACUGAAGCACCACCUCCUGCCUCGGACGAAAGGGUUCAGUAUCACAGUGCAGUCCUUAAGAAACGUAGUUACUGCUGUGUACGAUUCUACACUUAAUUUCAGAAACCAUGAAAACCCUACACUGCUGGGUGUUCUAAAUGGGAAAAAAUACCAUGCAGAUUUAUGCGUGAGGCGAAUUCCUCUGGAAAACAUUCCUGAAGAUGAAGUUGAAUGUGCGGCCUGGCUUCACCAGCUCUACCAGGAGAAGGAUGCCUUUCAAGAGGAGUACUACAAGACAGGGAAGUUUCCAGGCAUUGCUAUAGUCCCCCCCCGAAGACCAUGGUCUCUGGUGAACUGUCUGUUCUGGACGAGUCUCCUGCUGUAUCCUUUCUUCACCUUUCUGGUCAGCAUGAUCAGCGGGGGAUCUUCUGUCACACUGAUCAGCUUUACAUUGCUCCUUGUUGCAGCUUCUGUUGGUGUUCGAUGGAUGAUUGGAGUGACAGAGAUAGACAAAGGGUCCAACUAUGGAAACAACGAUGCAAAAAGAAAACAGGAGUAAAGCCUGCAGGAGCUGACGCAGUCCAAAGAGAAAACUGAUCAUUUCUCUAAUGCAGUCAACGGGCCUCAGAGGAUGAUCUACAAUCUUGAUUACUGGUAUCUGUUUGGAAGGAUUUACUUUUGCAUGGAUAAAAGAAAAUGCAAAUGCAAUGGGGGAAAAAAAAUAAAAAUCUGUGCCUUCAGCAAAUUUCUUUUCUGAAGAUCUGGUCACUAGAAAUGUGCCUUAAAGACUGUUUCUAAUGUAUGUUGACGGUUAAUAUUCAAGUGAACAAAUGUGGAUUUUUUUAUUUUUUAUAUAUAGUUUAAGGGAUCAAAUUCAUUUUAAUUAUUAUACCAAAUACAGAACUGUGCUCAAUGGAAUUCUGGAACCAACAAACAGCCCUUAUACUGGAGUGCUUAUCUAGUAACUGGGUAUGAUGUCAUUACCCAUAACAUUCUAGUUAACUGGGUAUGAUGUCAUUACCCAUAACAUUCUAGUUAACUGGGUAUGAUGUCAUUACCCAUAACAUUCUAGUUAACUGGGUAUGAUGUCAUUACCCAUAACAUUCUAGUUAACUGGGUAUGAUGUCAUUACCCAUAACAUUCUAGUUAACUGGGUAUGAUGUCAUUACCCAUAACAUUCUAGUUAACUGGGUGUAAUGUCAUUACCCAUAACAUUCUAGUUAACUGGGUAUGAUGUCAUUACCCAUAACAUUCUAGUUAACUGGGUGUAAUGUCAUUACCCUUAAGUUUUUACCCUUAAAGCACACUUAUCUUAAAUCACUCAAAUAUCACAAGGCUGUUUUUUAGGCUAUUUUCGUAUUCGUUCAUAACAGAACUUAUGAAUUAUUGUAUCAAAAAGAUAUCAUGGAACGGCAACCAAUGCAUAAAUGACGUCUGAAAUAAAUGUACAGCUGAGUGUUUCUCUCCUGUCUCUAAAAGGUAAUAUAAUGAGGUACAAAAUAAAACAUAAUUGCACAUUGUUUAGGGGAAUGGACACUGUCGAAUUAAAUACAGUAGAAGAUUCUACUGUAUGUCGACAAAAAGCAUUGGAACAAUAAUGGCUUAAAUAGCACAGAUCAUUGUGAAAAUGUAUUCAUUUCACAGGCUCAUACUCUUUUUAAAUAGUAUACACUAGCUAUUACACUAGCUUCAUCAUCUGACAAGUUUAUUCAAUUCAGUGAUAAGGGUCCAGUCAGUAUAAAGUACAGGAACACAGACAUUUCUGUUUUUGUUCUUAAUUUUGUAAGUUGUUACUAUUAGAACUGUUUACAUGUUAUGAUAUCACUGCUGGCUAUAUAGCCCAAUGUGGGUCACCUGAAAUUUUCAAUGAAAAAAUUAGUGGGUGCGUUAAGCAACUGAGCAGCGCAGAGCGCUACAGAGCAGAUUUCAUCAGUGAUCUGCGAGUUCAUUAACAAACUCAGUAAUAAUAGUUCAUUUAAAAUAUAUGGCCAAUGAUUUGUGCCAAGCAUAUGCUUUAGGCACUCUAAUUACAGGCAGCCAGUACUGGAUAAUACGAAGAGUACCAAGUGCUGGAGUAUUCUUGUUCCAAUGGCCAGUGAGUAUAUUUUUGUUUGCACAACAUUUCCGUUUGAUUUUACCUUUUGUUACUGUACACAUUUUGUAUUCUUGCAUAUCGUUGGCCACUACAUGAGCAUUGCUUAAUCCCUUUCAUACUAAAAUGGACAGAUUGUGUUUUAUAUUAUUCAUUUAACCCUACAAAUUAGUCCAAUUAGCUAAGCCACUAGUUUUUUUUAGUUUUUUUUUCCCCUAUCAUUUAACAGUUAGCCAAUUACAUACCCUAUUUAAUGAAAUGACAUUUCUUUUGGUCUUACAGCCUCAUUGGGCCAGAUUUCAGGUUAAGCCACUGGUGUUUUAUCGUUUCACAUCUAAUAAUAUUUAACCAGGGCUUUCAAUUUCAAGAAACUGGCUGAUUAAUAUGGAACAAGGCACUUAAAAGAGUGAAACCUGAAUCAUUCUUGUUGCUGAUACACACGCUAAUCAUCCUUGGGGGUUUCUGUGGCACUGCGCUUUGUGGUCAUGCAGACAUUGUGGUUAGACUGUGUUGUGCUCACAGAAGAAUUGACCUAUAAAAAUAGCUUUAGUGCCUGGAGUGCUGUAGAAUUCUACGAGUUAGUAAUUGUGCCGAUGCAAUUCUCUGACAAUAGGUUCACUACUGGUACAUUGUUGGAUAUCCACAUAUCAUAUUCUGAGUCUUAAUGCUCUUCAAUGAUAAAUGCUACUUUUAUGUCUGUAAAUGUAUUCUGAUUUCUCAAUCUGUUAAGGGUUACUGCAGCAGAGCAAAUGUGUAAAAGUAUUUGCUGUUUGGAUGCCAAGUCAAAUAAAAACCAAUGUUGCUCUACAUUUAUUAUCCAUAUUAUUAUAAAAAAAGAAAAAAAAAGAAAGGCUUUUCCCCAAAACAUUUUUUCUGUGUAAGCAAAGCAGCAGGUUGUUUGUUUCAGGGGGAACGCUGUUGGCCUCAUGUUGUUGAAGGCAGAAAUGAUGUCACAGGGAAAAGGGAAAAUGACUCUUCUGUUAUCCCCGAGUCGUUCACUCCUGCAGCCUCAUCCACCUUAGUGAACCAAGGAAGAUUGGUUAUUAGAGACCCUUGUGAAAAACUACUGGUCUCUGUCCAGUUGCUUCAAGGCAGUUGUCCAAAUCACAAAACCACCACUACACUCAAGUGAUAAUUAGCCCUUUUUUUAAUGGCAGUCUCUCAUAAUCAGCAAGAACUUGAUGUGCUGUGUGUACACCCAGAACACUGUACAAACCUUUUUUUCAAACUAAAAUUAUUGGUAAGGUAAAGCACAAACAAACUUCAGUCCUUCUACACGUUAAUAAAAAAUACUCAACAGUAAAGCAACAUCUAGGAGACAUUGCUUUAUAAUAAACUUGUAGUGUUUUGAGUUAUGAGUGUAAGAACCACGUCUCGCCAAUGACAGGUUACUGUUUCCAUUCUGUUUCCUUCUUUCGUGUCUGCAGCUGAAUCAUGUGAUCAAUGAAAGAAAGUAGCAUCAGCCUGCAACAGGGCACGAGUCUCUGGCAUGAUGUUAUUUCUGUUGCAGACUGCAGAAUGUAGGUUUGGAAACUCUUGAAUAAGUAUCAUCUUACAAUUCCAUUCCAUUUUUAAAGGGCCAGCUAGGCAGUAAAACAAGGACAGUUUUAAUCCAAAUACUUAGAACAUUAUCAUGUCAGGCAGUAUAGUGGGCCCACGCAUUGUGAUCUAAACUGUCCUCUAAAUAAUACUUUAUUGAAUAAAUGGAUGGGAAAUAUUGUGCUCAUAGUUUACCAAUGUACUGUAUGAAACUGUAUUGAACCUUCAAUGUUAACUUGGUUUCCAGCCUUUUUUUGUGUAAAUAAAUACUUACAAAUCUGA